AUGGAUAUCGAAUUCUUAUUGAUAAUAAUGUAUUCUGUCGAUGAAUGUACUUCAUCAUCGACUUCUGCAUCUCAUAAACAAUCCAAACCUAAUGGUGACAUAGCAGAUGCACGAAGUAAUGAUGCUUUAAGCAGAAAGCGUACAGCAGCACGACAGCUUCCACGAAUUAUGCUGCAUCCAAGCUUUCCACAAGGAGGUGGUACGGUGAACAGUUUAACUGCAAAUGAUUUCCCGCAAGAGGAUUGUGAAAGUAAUGCGAAAAAGCGUUCACGAGAUGUUGGAUCAGCAUCUGGCGAUUUAACUUUAUCAGAACUGAGUGACAGUCAAUCGAAAAGUCCACUUUGUCACGCUAAGGAUUCGACAAAGAAGGAUCGGACAUGGACAGAAGUAAAUAAUACUGUGGUUUGUGGCUAUCAGCUAGUUGGUGCUGGGAAGGAAUUUGUAGCGUAUCACAUCGAGAAAAAGAUUGUAAAAACUUGUCAGCCUAUCGACAAUGAGCAAUAUAUGAAACUGUUAUCAAUUGCAAGUCGUCUGAACGUAGCAAAAAAUUAUUGGAAAUAUGAAGAUUUGGAAGAGAUGAGAGAAUUUGUUCUUCCCUCAGGAACGGAAGUAUGCACUGAUAAUAAUGGUCAGCGUUUUAUGUUUUCCAACUGGCAGUAUGGUACUCUGCAUAGUAAGGUUCAGGCGGGGAAAGUUAAGCUUUCCGAAAGCGAAGCGUUUUCACUGUUUUCAAAAAUUGUCAGAGGAAUUGCUUUUUGUCAUGCCUGUGGAAUUGUUGUACGUGAUGUCAAACUGCGGAAGUUCGUCUUCACAGAUAAGCAGAUGACGCAGAUGAGAUUACGAGAUAUAUUUGAUGUUUUUGUUUGCGAAGACAUCAAAGAUGAUCGGUUACGUGAUAGACAUAGUUGUCCUGCAUAUGUUGCUCCUGAAAUAUUGAAGGAUUCUCCUGAAUAUGCUGGUCGUCCAGCUGAUAUUUGGGCACUAGGAGUCCUGUUCUAUGUUCUAUUAUUUGGAAGUUAUCCCUUCAAUGAUGCAACACCCCAGAGAUUGUUUUACCGAAUUCUGAAGGCAAAAUUUAGUAUCCCAUCACAGAUUCCGGUGUCGCAAACAGCACGUGCUCUAAUUUUUGGCAUGUUGCGAAAAGAACCGUCAGAACGUCCCACCGCUGAACAGCUCCUCUAUGUACCAUUGGAUGAACAGUGUUUGGACGACUCAAAUAUUAUAUCAUUUCGUUCUAUUUUACCAGGUUGGCUGGAAAUACCAUCUCGUGUUACACUUCUCGGCGUGACCAGCAAUCCUGCUUUUGAAUUUGCACGACGAAUCAUGAAGAUGAACAGCGAAAGUGAAGACCAGGUAGUGCCAACUUUCUCGUCUGCAAUACGUAACGUCCAACGACAUUUGCAAAUAAUGCGCGACAUCAUGGCUGACUCGUCUUUAGCCACCGCAAUCACUGAAGAAAAUGCUGAUGAACCGCCUUCCUCAUCGCUACAUUCUACUCCUGUUAUUGCUUCCAUCAUUACAAUUGGUGGUAAUUCUUCUGGCACACCUAGAAUAGCAUAG